AUGUUGAAACUUUGCUCCCUUAUCUUUUUGAUAUCCGUGAUUGUGCUCCGAACUCAAUCAUUGGACUCCGAAAAAUGUAAAAUUCUACCGCCUGAAAGACACUGUAUUAUAGAAUCCGCUGCAAAAGACAGAUGGCCUCAUACUGAGCGAUACGCAUUCGAUUGGUAUCCGCAGAAGUGCAUUUUAAUCAGGUGGUCCGAACACUGUGGCCCUGCUCCGACCGGUGUCAACAACUUCGACAGCGAACGUGCGUGCCAGGAUGAAUGCAGCGGGUGGGCAUAA